GGGUCGCUCAAACACAGCGCCAGUAUCCGCCGUCCACCGUAUCAGUACGCACGCCCGAAUAAAAUCAGUCUGCUUCGGCGUUUGCGUAUUCAGUGUGCGACGCUCACCUGAAGGUUUAGGGAAGAUGGCACAGCUAUGCGGCGGAGGCGUAACGCCCGCAAUUAAUUUUGGUAGAUUGUGCCUUAAGCAAUGGUGGAAAUCAGGUUCCAUUUGCCAAAACAUUUAUAUAAGGAAUGUUUCAAGCCUGGUUGUUGGAGAACCUGAUGGACCAAGUGUAAAAACAUCCAUUCCAGGUCCAAAGUCAAAGCAGCUACUAGAUGAACUAAGUGCUAUACAGCAAACUGGAUCAGUACAACUUUUUGUUGAUUAUGACCGCUCCAUUGGUAAUUAUAUAGCAGAUGUUGAUGGAAAUGUUCUGCUUGAUGUGUACACUCAGAUAUCGUCACUGCCUCUUGGGUACAAUCAUCCAGAUCUUUUGAAAUUGCUUGAUAACCCUUUUAAUGUGAAAGCAAUUGUAAAUCGACCUGCACUUGGAGUAUUCCCAGGAUCUGAUUGGCCAAAAAAAGUUAAAAAUAUCCUUCUUGAUGUUGCCCCCAAGGGACUGAGCCAUGUCACUACAAUGAUGUGUGGUUCAUGUUCAAAUGAAAAUGCAUUCAAGAACAUCUUCAUCUGGUAUCGCAAAACUCAGAGAGGUGAAAAUAUAGAUUUCACUGAAGAUGAAAGGUCAUCUUGCAUGAUAAAUCAAUCACCUGGCUCUCCACCGCUGAGCAUUCUAUCAUUCAAAGGUGCAUUUCAUGGACGCACCCUUGGUGCACUAUCUACCACACAUUCAAAAUAUAUUCACAAAAUUGAUGUGCCAGCAUUUGACUGGCCAAUUGCAUCAUUUCCAGAGUACAAAUAUCCUUUAGAAGAACACAAGUCAGAAAAUGAAGCUGAGGACAGAAGAUGUCUGGCUGAGGUUGAGGAUCGUAUCACUGAAUAUAAUAAACAUGGGAAGAAUGUAGCAGGAGUAAUAGUUGAGCCAAUACAAGCAGAAGGUGGAGACAAUGCUGCCUCUCCAGAAUUCUUUCAGCAGUUGCAGAGAAUUUGUAAAAAGUAUGGCUGUGCAUUUUUCGUGGAUGAAGUACAAACAGGUGGUGGUCCAACAGGCAAAAUGUGGUGCCAUGAGCAUUUCAAUCUGGAUUCCCCACCUGAUAUUGUGAGUUUCAGCAAAAAGAUGCAGCUUGGAGGGUACUACAUGAAGGAAGAGUUUAGUCCUUCACAACCAUACAGAGUAUUUAAUACAUGGAUGGGUGACCCUGGUAAACUACUGCUGCUUCAAGGAGUUCUUUCAGUUAUAAAGAGAGAUUCACUUCUCUCAGUUGUCCAGAAGUCAGGAGAGAAACUUCUCAAUGGAUUAUAUGAUUUGCAGAAAGAAUUUCCUGCUCUGCUUUUUGCAGCAAGAGGCCGGGGGACAUUUCUUGCUAUCAGCUGCACAUCAACAAAGCUGCGUGAUGACUUGGUGAACAGGUUAAAACAGAAAGGAAUACAAUCUGGGGGAUGCGGAGAGUACAGCAUUCGUAUACGACCAGCUCUGAUAUUCCAGACCCAACAUGCUGAAAUUUUUCUGGACCAAUUCCGACAAGUUCUACGUGAAACUAAAUAAACACAGUUGUGGAGAUCAGUUCUGGGGCCUAAUUUUAAAAACCUAAUAGUGUGACUUCUCUACAGAAAUUUAUUGGAUUUUUAAAUUUCUUUACAUAAACAAUAAGCUGUAUACACAGCACAGAGAAGCAAACAAUUCUAAUACAUUAUCUUCUUGGAAAACAGAAGAAAAAACAUGUCUGCAAAUGAUUUUUUUUAUACUUACCUAAUAUUAUUAGUAAAAAUUUUAAUAAUUCACUGAAGUUGAUGUGUACCACAUUAAUAGAGCUUUAUUUACUGGCACGACAAACAUUUAACUAUUUUUAAUAUUAAUUUUUUAAACUGUUUUACACUUGCUGCUUUGUUGGCAUAAUAAUGUCUUUGUUUUGUAAAAUUUUUGUAUUGAUUUUUAUGAUUGUGAGAUUUUAACUCCUGCAAGAUUGUUGUGUUCAGUCUUACAAAGAGUCUGUUGUUGAAGACACCAAAGAGAUUAACCAGUGCAACAAAAAGUGAAAGCCAUGUAAAAAAUAAAAA